AUGGAUAUAACGUGGUUAGGUAUAUACGCUAUUUUUUCCUUUAUAAUUCAGACAUCCUUGAAAGUUUUCCUAUUUCCCUACAUAAGCAUUCCUAUGAUAGUAUGUACUGAUUCAAAUGAUAAUUCAAAAAAAAAUAAUUCUCAAAUAAUUAAAAGUACUGAUGCAUUAGUUGAAAAUAUAACAGAAAUAAUAUACUACCUAGAAAAUGUAAAUAAUUAUGUGAUAGAUUAUAAUAAAGAAUUAUUUUUAAAAUUAGAAUAUUUAAUACAACAUGAUAAUACCUUAUAUGAUUCCUUUGAGCAUAAUGAAAAAGUACUAAACCAAAUAUAUCAAUAUUAUGAAGAUGUAUUAAAUAGAUAUAGUACAAAUUUAAAAACUCUAAAGGAUGAUAAAAUUAAUAUAUUUAAUGAAAUUGUUACAAAUAUUCAAAGUGAAAAUAAAUAUUAUACACAUUUUAUUUAUAAAAAUAUUCUUUCUAAAAUUGAUUUAAUUAGUGAUAUGAAUAAAAAGAAAAUAGACAAAGAUAAAGAAAAAAACAUCAAGAGUAUCACACAUAAUUUAGAAAUGUUUAAGAACAAAUUAUUGAAUAUAAAAAAAAAUAUUAGGGGUGUAAUAAUUGAAAACUCUGAAAAUAUAAAAAAAGCUAAUGAAGAAAAUAUCCAACAAAUUGAAAGUCAAGCAUAUCAAUACUUACAUGGAAACAGUAAAUAUGACACAUUCUCACGGUAUAUCAUAAAUGAUUUUUUAUUGAAUGAUAAAAAAAUUAAUAUAAUAAAUUAUGAAAAUGAUUAUUUUUUUAAAAACAAUUUUAUGUACUUUAAUUUCUUAUCAAAUUAUAUAAAAGAAAAAAAAAAUAGUGAUACUAAUACACAAAAAAACAAUUUUAAUAUUUAUAUAUAUUUAAAAGAAACACUGAUACAAGAAAUAGAAUCAUCAUAUCAUAAUUAUUAUGUAAUACCCGAUCUACAUAUUAUUGAUGUUAUAAUAAAAAAUGCUAAUAAGAUAAUGGAAAAAGAAAACAAAAAAAAUAAUCCUUAUACAUAUGUUUUAGUAUGUAUCGAUAAUUAUAUUGUUAAAUAUAAUAUUUUAUCUAGUAAUAUAUAUCUAGAUAUGGAACCACAUAUUAAAUCCCUUUUUACCAGCAAAAGAGCUAACGAUAUAGAUGCUAAGAAAAUGGAAAAUAUACUCUUAAAUAUUAAAAAACAAAAUCAAAAAAAUUACACAACUACAAUUUUUGAAAAUGAGUUUUAUCAAAAUUUAGUACCAAAUGAAAAUGAUAAUAUUCAAAAUAAUAAUUCAGAACUAAGAAAAGACAUCGACUCUAAUCAAUAUAGUAAUCCAAAAACAUACUAUUUUAUGAAAAAAAAUAUUUUUUUUGAUUCUAAAAAACAAUAUUAUAAAAAAUUUUUGUCAUAUUAUGCAUACGAAGAAAUAUUUAACAUUUUAUGUAACAACAGUUCUGCAUGUAGUUCUGAUAUUAUUAAUUCCAUUAAUCGUGUAAAUAGAAGUACAUUUGUUAUAAAAAUGCAUCUAAAAUUGAAAAACGAACUAAAGAAAUUUAUUCAGAAGCAUCUAACGGAGUUAAAAGAUGUUAAAAAAUGUCAAUCUGAUUCCCCAUCGACAAUUGAGAAUCACAAUAAUGAAAAUAAUCAAGACAAUUCUACUAGUGACAACACUAGAGACAAAUACAACACAUCAUGCUUCAAAAAACAAAGUGAAAAAAUGCCCAAUGAAGAUGGCAGUUUUAUAAAUAUGGAAAACAUCAGCGACUUUUUAAAAACAUAUUAUAUUUCUUAUCAUAAAUCAUUUAAAACUGCAAAUAGAAAACAUAUUUAUUCUUUAUUAUCCCAUAUUUUUGAAAGUUAUUUAAAUAAUAAAAACUCAGAUUCUAUUCGCGAAAAAUAUAAACACAUAGAAAAUGCCAACAGUAUAACAUUGCACUAUUUGGGUGUCUUACCAGAAAUCAUAAAAGUUUACAAAACGUUCAACUAUUGUGAAUCUCUUUAUCAAUUGGGCAUUACGUAUCUCAUGGAUAAUUUAAAAAAUGCAGAAAAUGGCAAAGAAAAUGGCGAAGAAAAUACCAAACCUGACGAAAAUGGCAAACCCGACGAAAUAAGUAAAGAAAUCACUUUUUUAAAAAACCAUAAUGAGAAAUAUAUGGAAAUGUUUCAAAACCAUUUAAACUCAGAAAUAAAAUUCAUUAAUUUUUUUGAGUUUUUAAUUCGAGAAAAAAUAGCUUUUAUACAUGAAGAAAAUGAAUUUUUAAAAUUGUAUAUAUAUUAUGGUAAAAAAGAAUUACCACAAUUACCCCAUACUCCCUUAUUUUCAAGUUGUAGAACAAUAAUAAAAAUAGAAGUAUUACGUGAUGUAAACACAAAACAAAUAAUAUAUUCAAGUAGGUCUUUUUUUUUAGAAACAUUAAUAACCUUAAAAGAAUAUAAAGUCAAAAAUAAAAGUGCAUAUAUAGUUAUUGAAACAUCCGAUGAAAAUAGUACUAUCAAAAAAAGAUUAAAACUAGAAAUGUUAUAUAAAAUAUCACCCUUUUCACAUAUUAAUGCAUAUAUUAUUUCAAAUGAUGGGGUCGAGACUGUUUAUCAUAAGGGAAAUGUAUAUCAACGAUCUGCUAGUGAUAUUAAAGAUGUUAUCAGUGAUAUACGUAAUGAUUUUUUAAAUGUUAUUUUACCACAACAUAAUAUGUUUGAUUUGAUUGAUAAUUACAUAUAUAUUAUUAUAUGUUUGAAAAAUGAAAACUGCUAA